AUGCUAAAAAGAAUACGGGCCCUCCUAAGAGGUCACAAAGACGUAAACGACCCGAGCCAUCUCAGUCAUCACAAAGGGCAAAAUGGUGGAGAGCUUCCUCCAUCAACAUCACUCAUCGUGCGAGAAAUACAGGCCACACUAUACCGGUUUGGAGAAACGACCGUUAAGGAGAUUAUGAUACCUCGGGUAGAUGUAGUGGGCAUUCCAGUAGACUACCCCAUCCGGGAUAUCGCGGACUUUGUUUCCGAACACGGGCAUUCUCGUUUCCCGGUGUACGAAGAGAGCAUCGAUCAUGUCCUGGGGAUUCUCCAUGCAAAAGAUUUACUGCGUCUGAUCCGCACACCGGAGAAACCUCCUCCCCUCACAGAAUUCUUGCGAAAGGCUACGUUUGUCCCCGAACUGAAACGAAUCGACGAUAUGCUCGUCUCCCUCAAGGCCCUGCAUACCCACAUUGCCAUUGUUAUGGACGAGUAUGGCGGCGUAGCGGGACUCAUUACCCUGGAGGACAUUCUUGAGGAACUCGUUGGAGAAAUACGGGAUGAGUAUGACAACGAAGAAGAAUCAAUAACCCCCAUUGGCGAGAAUCUGUACCGGGUGAGCGCGCGCACCCAUAUCGAGGACUUGGGUAACCACUUAGGUAUCACGUUUGAUAAUACCGAAAACGAUUCUAUUGGCGGAUACGUACAACACAUGCUAGGCCGCGCGCCGCAACUCAGUGACGAGGUAUCGGUACACAAUUUUCGAUUUCGGGUCGAAAGCAUGGACGGCACCAAGCUACAAUGGUUACGGGUCAUUCGAGAACUGGAAAAUCAUCCCCCUUCCGAAGCCGGUGCCAAUACAUAA